AUGUUGUCUCUGGCCGUCGAGCAGCGAGAGCCGGAGGACGUGUCUGGGAAGAGCCCGUCCGCGCAACCGGACUCGGCGUUGCCGGUACCGGGCUCUAGCGGUUCGAUGCCAGCGGGGGCCGCCGGGAUGUCCGAGACGGAGAGGAAGUCUCGGCAGAUGGAAGAACUGGGAAGUACGGCAGAUACAGGUGAUCCCAGUGAAGUCGCUGCGGGUGGAGUGAGCGCUGGAAGAGCUGGGACGGGAUGGGUGAUACCCCUCCCGUCUUCCCAGCUAGCAGGCGAAGGGCGAGGGCUGCUAUUGCAGGCGGAUGCUCGAGCAGUUGCUCGGGUGGGGAUGCCGGUGGGAGCAACAUCUGCGGCCUUGGCGUCACGCCAGAGUGGUGUAGGGAACCGGGAAGCAAUCGGCGCUGUUUGUUCUGACAUAGGAGUGGAAAAUCGAAGCGGGCACGAAACGGCGGCGGUAACACCGAGCGAGGAGCCGGUUGCCCCACCCGACGCUGUGCACGACGGUGGCGGCUUGCCGGAGUCCCGUCUAGCAGUUGAAACGGCAAGAGCGGCCGACAGCGCCGACAGAGUGCUGGGGAGGAGGCAGCACGAGACAGCGGUGCCCGACAGGGACACUAUUCACCUUUCGGAAGUCGAGGCCGUCGCGGGUGACGGCCCGCACACCCAGUCAGAAAUGAUGCCGGACGUGUCCACCUCCGUUGAGCCACCGACGGGGACGCAUCUCCCGAUAACUGAAAGCGAGGCACGGUGGGGUCCUCCCGCCCUUUCCGGUGACAACCGCAGCAGCGUCGAUGAACGAAGCGGAUGGACGGCGAACGGGGCUCCUCCGCCGCACCCACGGCUGUCGGGAGUAGGGAGCAGCUGGGAAAGCUCCUUAGAGGGCGAACACUUGCUUGGGUUCCGGUACGACUGUCUCGGGUCUGCGGCGGGCGCGGGGGGGACAGGGAACGCACGCACCACAGGAGGUGACCGCUCGGAAAUCGUGAGCUAUGGCACGGCCCUCUCCAGUGAUCGCCGUCAGGUGUUGUUGGCGCCGGAAGCGGCCGCUUCCACGGCGCUGGGAGAGAGAGGGGACUCCGAGGGCGGGCACGCCGCCCGUCCUGCCGACAGCGGUAGUGCCGUUGUCGACCGCCGGGUAGCAUCCUUCGGGGAGGAGACAGGGCACGAUGGACAGAACCGCUUCGAUCGACACCCGCCCGCUCAACUCCUGGGUGCAGGCCUUACGGCCAGGCGUGGUGGGCCUGUUGUCGGUCUGGUUGGGAGACCAAAGCAACAUGGCACGCGAUUGGUCGAAGAUUCUCUUGGGGUGGGGCGUGAGGGUAAGGGGGUGCUUAAGCCGCCGCCCCGUUCAGCGGUGCCCCUGAAGACCGGGACUUGGGGGGAGGCUCCGCCGGAAGUUCAGCCUCGGCGGCAAGCAGGUGGACACGCCGGAGGGAAGGCGGCUAUUGGAGGCGAGCGGGAGGUAGCGGUGGUCGACAGGGGCGAGUGGGAGGCGCUCAGGCGGGAAAAUGAUGACCUGCGGCGGCAGGUUGCGCUGUCGGAGAAGAGGUGCGGCGCCCUCUCGGAGAUGCAACGUCUAGCGGACGACGCCCUCGCCGCCACGCACCCGCUCCCGUUCUCCUCGCCGCCCGCGGGCACGAUGGCACCAGAACGCCCGUCACCGCCGCGGCAGGAAGCGACCGACGGUGUACUUUCCUUGGCGUCUUCCGUCGAGGAAGGUGAGGAACGGCGCCGAGAACGGUGCGCAACGGGCGAGGGUGGCGACGAGGACGGGGAGACCGCGUCCGGCGGUGGCGGCGGCGGGGGCGGAGGGCAGGCGGCGGUGGCCAGGCUGCUGGCGGCCUGGCGGGCCGAGGUCCUAAAGCUGCUGCUGCAGAGGGGCGUGGAUGCGGAGGUUGCCGCGGAGGAAUCUCGCGAGGCCCGGCGAGAGGUGGUGCAGGCGAGAGAGGAGCGGACUCGCGCGGAGACGGAGGCCAAGAGCUUGACCCAGCGCGCUCUUGCGGCGGAGGCCGAGGCCGAGCUUUCCGGCAUUAAGCUGACACGGACCUCCGAGGAGCUAAGGGAAGAGCGGACAGGGCGAUGCGCAGCCGAGGCAUCGAGCGCGGGAUACUCUGUGGCUGUUCGCGACCUUCACGAAUGGGUGCAAGGCUUCCUUGGCCGAGCCAGCGAAGGGGUGUUCGAGAGAGAGGCCCUGCUCGCUAGGUGGGGUGCAUUACGAGCGGGGUUCUGCUGUAGUUCGCCCCUGGGGGGUAGAGCGGCUGCAGUUGUUCCGUGUCAGCGGCACAUUCGGGCAAGGGCCGGGUCCAGGGAAGCUCGGCAGCGGAAGGCGGGGGGACCUUGA